AUGCAACAAGCUGCAGCCGGUUUGCCGCCUCAACAAUUUGCCGCUCUUUUACCAAUCGCUUUUGCUAAUUUGGCUAGUCAACUUGAUUCAAAAAGCGAAUUGCAUCGAUUAUGUCUUCAACAUGUAAUAUUUUUUAUAUUUCAUCAAUUUCCAUCAAAUAUUGUUGGUGGAUUAUCAUUAGCAAUAGAAGGAUGUAAUACAAGAACAACACCAGUUUCUUUAUUGGAAGCAUUUUCGGAUAAAUUAGAAGCAAGAGAAAUUUUGAAGAAAAAGACAAAUCUUGAUUUGGGUGCUGCAAAAGCAGAUGAAUGUGCGAGAGUUUUAGCGGAAAAAUUGGAUGAUGCCAGGAAAAAUAAACCAAAUUUUUAUGGAAUUUGGGGAAAAUAUAUGGAUGAAAUCAGUCGAUUAGCUCAAUUAUUUUUAUUUGUUCCAAUUCGUGAUUCAUAUAUUCCAAAUCAACAAUCAUCAAUUAUUCAACAUGAACUUGUUCAAAGUUUCCAUCGAAUUAUUGCUGUUUUCUCUCCACUUAUCGCUCCUUAUUCACCAAAUCAUCCACCAUUUUCACCAAAUAAUGAUAAAGAAGCAAAUAUGGUAUUGGAAAGAUUUGUUGAAUUGUUGAAUUCGUUACAUUAUAAUUCAAGUAUUCCACCGGGAAUGGAAAAUGUUCAAUCACUUGUUUGGCAAUAUUAUUUCGAAAAAUUGUCGAUUCUAACAACUGGAGAUCAACAUUAUUAUGAAGUAUUGGAAUGCCAAUUAGUUCGUCUAAAUUGGCAACUUCUUUGGCCAUCAAAACACGCGGUUUUAGCAAUGGAAAAAUGUAUUGAAUUACGAUCCCCUUAUUGUUCUUCAUUUGUAUCACAAAUAUUUGUGAGAAUUCCAUGGACAACAAUACUUCAACAAAUGAAUGAAGAAAAUCGACCCGCUUAUCUUGCCGCGAUAUUUGGAGUUUUGGCAAGAAUUGGAAGUCGACCACGAAAUUAUGAAAAAGUUCGAGCAUCAUUGACUGAUUUGGUCAGAUCAAUUAGUUCAAGAAAUGAUUGGAGCUAUGUUGAAAAAGAUGACGCGGAAAGAUUAUCAAUCACUGUUGGUUCUUGUUUACCCGCUGACUCUUUAUCAAAUCCCGCUGAAAUUGUUGGAGCAAUUCAAUUGAUUUGGCGAAAACUUUGUAGUUUUGUGCCGAAAGAACAAUUUUCACAAGAAACACUUGCGAAACAAAAGAUUUGGUUGAGAACUGAAUGUCAUUUAUUAUUGAAAAGUGAAGCAUCAUUGAUUCCAGCUGCUUAUAAUUCAUUGAUUUCGGAUGUCAAUUCUAUUGCAAUUAAUCACAGUAAGCUCAUUAAACUGUUGUAGAACAUUAUUUAAUUUUCAAUAAUUCAGCAAAUCUUCGAGCAUUUUGCCAAGUUUCACGUGAAUUAACCGCUUUAUGGAAAAAUAUAAGCGAAUCAAAACUUGGUGAAUCCCUCGUCUCAUUGUGGAACGAAUAUUUGGGAACGAAUCCGAAUUCAUCACUUGUUCUAAGUUCUUUGAAUACUCUCAUCGAAAGUUUGAACUCUGAUCAAUUGACGACUGCGUUGAAAGUUAUGGAGAAGACUAUAACUGCAUACUUUUUAAGUGAGUUUUAAAAACGUUUCCAGAUAAAAUCUAAUUGUUUUAUAGGAACUGAUAGCAGUUGGACGGAAUUGAUGCAAUGGAUACAAUUUCCGAAUAAUUCAGUCAAAUCAAUCAAAAAUUAUCUGUUAACUGUGCCAAAUUCGGAGAAUAAGGUUCAAGCUCAACCACUCACUUUACGUGUAUUCAUGGAUUAUGGUAAUUCCAGAGAUGAGAAUAUGUUCUUUGAAUUGCAUAAUUAUAUUAUCAAUAUUAAACCAAAGUAAGUUUAUUAACUAAAAAUCUUGGAAAAUAAUCGAUAAAUGUUUAGACACAUAUCAAAUGAAUCUGCUUUGAUAUGCCUUUUAGCGAGAUUGGUUCAAUGGAUAUCUGCAAGAUAUAUACAUUUAACUACGAAUAUUUCACAAUCUGAUGAUUUGUUAACUCCGCUUAUUCGAUGGUUGAAUAAAUCUGCGAAAGAUGAAUCAAGUUUCUUGACAAAUUUGAUUUCGAGUAAAAAAGUUUCGCAUUCUCCAAAACUACGGGUGAUUUUUCAAAUUUUCGAGUUGUAUUUGAUGCAACAAUCAUUAGGAGAUGGAAAAAAGCCAAGAUGUGAAGUUAAUUCGCCGGUUCUUAAUUCGAGAAUUGGAACUUUGAAAGAUGUGGCACAACAAAAGGUAAAUGAAAUCAAAGUGUUUGCGGAUGAUAAUAAUUACACUAUUUUUCAGUCAAAUCAAUUCAUGAGCAAUGCUUUCAAUAAAGCUACGGUAUAUUUCACACAAGUUGAGAUUCACAAUAUUCAAUCUGCCAACAAAAUGUUAUUGGACAUAUCAAAAGCGACAUUUGGAGAUCGAUUCUUAAACGAUACUUAA